CCCCGAUGACAGGUUAUAUUCAUGACAGGGAGACGUUAACGGGAUCUGACCGUUCAUAACUCAAUCGAAAUAGACAAAAAUGAAAUGUUACUUAUUAGUCACUUAUUAUGCAUGUGAUCCCGACGACAAGUCAAUGAGGAAGGUAGAGAAGGACAUACUGGUGCCCAAGCUGAUGCGAGAAAGAACCAAAACAGAAAAAUGCGUCGAUGAAGUCAAAGAAUUUCAUCAGUGCUGUCUCGAUAGUGGAUUGUUACACGUUGUAAAAUGUAGAAAAGAAAAUACAAAGAUGCAAGACUGCAUGAAGAAAUGGUACUACGAUCAAGAUUUCAUUAAAGAAUGCACAGAAAUGUAUCUGGCGGAGAGAACUGAGUACAGGAGGACUGGAAUUCCUAAAAAGCACAGGCGAUCUACUAAAGUAGACAUAUCGAUAUGAUUAUACAAUAUGAAGAUAAUAUAUGUGUGAAUAUAUAAUAGAUAACAUGUACAUAAAAUAGAUAAUAUCAGGACUGUUUCCAUUGCAUUAAUGAUUGUUUAUAUUUUUCGUUCAGUUUCAUAGAUACAAUUUUUGUAAUUAAUACGCAGCAGAGAAAUGUUCAAAAAAUUGAACAAACCAUUUUCUAAGCACAAUGAGGUAACCCAAACCGAAGGUUGAAAUUGCUUACUUAAUAACUUUUAAUUCUCACAUCUUGGAUUUUCAUAGAUCAUUGUAUAUCGCAUAGAAUAGACACGUGUGUGUUGUUUGAAAUAAAAAUCUACAAAAAUCCA